CGUUCUUGUUCUGUUCGAGAUCGACAAGACUGCAAACUAAUAUUAUCUCGUCUUUGUCCGGUCCUUUUCCCGUCCAAAUCGAUCUUCCCAUAAUACUACUACGCAGAACCUCGACUCUCCUUCACCUUUGGCGAAAUCCCAACCCCGCCACACGCCAGUGUCUCGCUCUCUGGUGCAGAGUCCCUUCUGCCACUUCCUCUCCCGCAGUCAUUCUCUCUCUUUUUCGCUCUCUCCAACACCACCCCCCCCCUCCCUUCCGAAAUCCCUUUCCUAGAUUCACUUCGCCGUGUCUCUCGAAUUUCUUCAGCCUGGUCCAAGUCCUUGGCUCGUUCCUGCCAAGCUGACUCGGACCUGGGUGUUUCGUUCCCUCGUCGAUGCCACGUCCAGCGGCCGCGCCUAGGAAGAAUCAUCACAGCAAUCGGCACGAAAACGGCCUCGUUGGCCCCGGAAAACGAGUAACAAAGCAGAAGUCUAAUGGGCACCUAGACGGGACCCCUCCCAGCGGGGUUUCCUCCAGCUCAGGCUCCCAGGUUGAUCUGUCUGGCCGUGCCUCUGAUUCCGCCAUGGUGUCCGCGGCGGCGGCGGCGGCUGCGACGGUCAAGUUGAACGUUGCGGCGGAGGGCUCCAAGAUGGAAAGCAAUGGACGGGCCUAUGUCAACGGUUAUAGCAAGGGUGGCGUGGAUGCGACUUACAGGCACACAAACGGUGCGGCGCCUGACGACGCGACCCUGUCAGGCCAGGCUUCUCGUUGCCCCGACAAGGCGACAGCAGGAACCAAGCGGUCGACCCAGAACUCCUCCGUGAACCCGUUUAUGCUCGCGUCAACCAUUCUCAAGUCUUGCCCGAUGUACGACACCAUCGCCAUUCUCAUCUUCCUCCUGCAGUUGCCGCCAAUGGUCCUUACGCUGGUCCAGUUUCUCUUUGCCUCGCUGACUUUCAUGCCUCCCGGCGGCGCCUCCUCCGGAUCCUUGACGUCCAACUUCGAUAUCUUCCAGGGACCCGCCGGAACUCCUUCACUCGGGACGAUGAUCGCGAUGGAUGGGUUCUGCUUACUGGUGUGGGGUCUGUUCAUGUGGUCAUGGGCGCAGAAUUUCGCGCUGGAUCUGGCCCAGGUGCAGGUCGCAAUUACGCUAGGAGGUGGUAGUUCGGGGAAAAAUGGAGGUGUCAACGCUUUGUGUGUUGGUAUCGUUCUGAUCCUGCAUCUCAUCCGCAGCAAAGGUAUUCAGGAUUUCGUGUUAGGGCAUUUAAUCUCCGCAAAGAUAAUCAGCCCCGAUAUGCUCGCACAAUACGCCCAUCUCAUACCGCCUGAGUUCAGACGCGCUGAAUCGCAAACCUCACCGAGCUGGAUCAGGAGUCUCUUGGCCGUUCAUAUCCUAGCACAGGCGGGAACCGCCAUGGCAAGAAGAUCAAUGGCUAAAAACCGUUCUACCCCACCAUCUCGAACUGGGAAACGAGGCGAUACAGAAGCGUCUGCGGGAUCUCAGACUCAGGUUGAUUCCGCAUUCGAGUCUGGCGCUAGUGUUUCCUCCAUGAUAGGCGCUGAUGGCCAAGUAGUCACGCCGCCCGCAUUAAAAGAGAGCAGGGACCGGUUAACAUCCGCGAAGAAACGAAGAAGGCAGGCAAAUCAAGUGCGAAGUCGGCAACCAUUCUGGGCUGCUCUGGCGAGCACAAAAGUCACCGUUAUGAGGGAAUACGAGCAUUCGAGGGCUGUGUCGAAAACUGCGCGAAGUCUCCCAAUGACCGAAGAAGACCUCCAGGGAGUGACUCUGGAAGAGGGUUUGGUCUGGAUUACGAGCAUUGACAGUUCAUCAAUCAAAUUCGCCGCAGGUGAUUUCGUAUCGAUGGAAGAACCGUCUACAUCGGCCGUUUGCGAGGCUGGAGGCUUGGGAAACGAGGAGUUGGAGCCAUUCUACGUCUAUGUCAAUGGCGCCCACUGGGCUACUGCUACAAUCUCUAGAGUCCACGAGGACUCUAAAGGCUCAAGUGCGGUUCAGUGGCGUGGGGAGAUCUCCGGUCUUGCCCCUAAUUGUGCAUACACCUGUUCUUUUGUGCGCAGCGAUACGGGCGAGGAGAUUUGCGUCGUGAGUGUCAAGACCCCCUCGACACCCCACGCAGAACAAGUAAACUUGUCCCCAUCUGUCCCGCCACGACCGUCGUAUAGACCGUCUUCUCCCACCACCACUCUCAAGAACUCGAUCGUCAAUGCCGAGAUUAAGCUGAAUGAGAAACGAUCCCGUUUGAAGAAAGCCAAGAAUGAUCACAAACUGGUUGUUUCGAGGAUUAAGAAGGAGCUAGAUAACUACAAUCACCGACUGAAUACUGGAAAUGACGAGAACCGUCAGAAGCAACGCUCUUUGCAGCUGGAACGGAACAUUCGCCAGACGGAGGAAGCCACCGCAGCGCUUGAAUCGCAGCUCGACAAUUUGGAGCACAUUCCGGAGGAAGAACUGGAGGAAUGGUCUUCGCAGAAAGCGAAGUUCGAAAAAGAGCUGGAACUGCUGAAUUCGGCCAAGGAAGAACUGGUUGCUGCCCGUGCAGCUGUUGCCCGGGAGCUCUCUUCCUUGGAAGCUGAGCUCAACCAGACCAUCCAGAGGCGCGAACGUCUGCAGAGUCGCAGGACGAGAGUGAACGAACAGUACGAACGGAUCGUGUCUGCCAACGCGCAAGGGCUCAAUGAGAGGGAGCGUAGGGCUGCCGAACAGUUUGCCCGAGAGCAGGAGCAAGCGAAGAUCGAGGCAAAUUUCAAUGAACAGCUGGCAAGCAUCAGUCAAUCUGUGCAGGAUUACCAAGUGCGCACCAACCAGCUGUGGCAGCAGGCCUCCGCCAUCGAACAGGCUAUCCAACAGCAGCAGCAGCAGCAACAGAUGCUGAUGGAAACUGGACCUCUCACGCCUGAAGGAAACCUGCCCGGUACCAAUUCUCACCCGGACAACGCCGGUUCUGCGAACGGCAGGUCGAUUCUGGCGUUGACCUUCCCGCCACUGAAGUCCAGUCCUCAUCAGACUUCCCCGUCGCCCAUCGGUGCUUCGUCCUCUCACCCGGAAAGUCCUAUUCAGCGCGCGUCGCAGAACAACCAGUUCCCUGUGUCCCCUCUGGUACGCGCAAACUCGUACUUCGGUCUGGAUGCUAACAACCGCGACCGUUCGUCUUCGAACCGUUCUGCGCGUAGCAGCAUGUAUGCUGAGUUCGAUGCGAUGGACAUGGGUCGGGUGCCCUCACUGGCGGUUGAUGUGCCUGACAGCGUGGCAGUAAAGAGAAGAAGCUCUGGUUCCGACUCACUCCAGGCCAACCUUGGCUACGGACUCAUUGCUAGUCCAUUCAAUCGGGCGGCGAGCCGGGGCAGUGGAAGUGGAAGCGGCAGUGGAAGCGGCAGUGGUAGCCCCAGCUCUUCUCGCGGAAAGGGGAUCUGGUAAUUGAGCUAGAAGAUCUAUCUGUUCUCCCAAUAUACAGCUUGCUUCUCAGCUGUGGCACGUCCUCUCGGUUAGGGGCAUCUCUCCCUGCGUGCUUUGUUUGGUCGUUUGGUUGUCCACCAUGUUCGUGAUUCGCUCUUCUCUUCCAGCUUGAAUCGGCUUCUUCGUACGUCUUAUAGAUGGGUUCUUUGAUCACUGUCAGCCUCCUACCCUCCGUGAAUCCUCGAUUCUACUCCACGGAUAUCUUGUUCUCUUGACAAUAUCCUGUCUAGUCGCCAUGUCCACCGAGGCGGCCGGUAAGACGCUUUGUACACGAAUGGAACAAGAACCAGCAGAAGGGAAAGGAGCUUGCAAUGGAAUUGGGACAUUUGUAGCUAGCCGGACCAGCCCGAAGAACGGGAAAAAAACGAAUGCCAAAAAGUUUCUACCUGCUAAUUCGAUUCACAU